AUGGUAGGCACAUUGAACACGUGGGAUUUUACUUAUACUAACGCUUCACUUGCUGGCAAACAUCCUUCGUUAUUAACAUCUCUAACAAUUAAUAACUGUACUUUACCCAUGGAACAUAUAGAAUUAUUACUUUACCAAACACCAGCACUUAAUUAUCUUAAAUUAAUAUCCUGUGAACGUACAUUCGACACUAUUUUUGAUGGUUAUAACUGGGAACAGUUUAUUCUUAAUAAAUUAUCUCAACUCAAACAAUUUGAAUAUUUCUUUUCAUUUACUAGCACGAUAAACAACUAUAUGAAAGUUCUGAAUCAUGUUCUUACUUCAUUUCAAACUCCAUUUUGGCUAAAAGAAAAACGCUGGUUUACUAUCUGUGGCUAUGUAUUUGGUUUCGAAAUAUUUCAACUUCAUACAACUAAAAUUAAUAUGACUGAUUCAGAUAAUUUAAUCAAAUUUGAGAAGCUAGCCGAAAACAAUACAUAUCGUUUCAUUGGACAACCGCCGAAAUAUGAUAGCAAAAAAACUCUCGACAAGUUAAACCUAGCUGGAAAUCAAAUUGGAGAUAGUGGUGCAACACAUCUUGCAACUGCUUUGUUAAACAAUAAGGGAUUAAAUUCAUUAAACCUUGCAAAACAUCAGAUUGGUGAUCAAGAAGCACAAUGUCUGGCUGAAGCACUAAAAAUUAAUAAUGUAUUUGGAUUCGGUGAUUUUUACUAA